AUGGCAAACAAAUCUGAGAAUGGUGUUCCGUACACGCUUUAUUACAAUCGUUUCUCGAUUUGCUCAUUGAUGAUGCGAUGGUUGGUUGAAAUUCGCGGUGAGCCCAAGGACGAAUCAUCGCGCAUGGAUAUCGGCUUGAAGGAGAUCGACAUCUUUCAAGAAGAACAAUUCAGCGAAUGGUAUCUCUGCGACGUCAACAAAAAUGGCCAAGUUCCGGUUCUCGGAAGCGAUGUUGCUUUCGACUUCCCCAUGUCUCAAACGACUGCAAUCUCCGAGUACAUUGCGGCGAGAUAUCCGGGGCUUCUACCCCCUAAGCAUGCCGCUAAAAUCCACGAGAUGGUACACAAGAUGCAUGAGAUGAAUUUUUUCACCCUCUCUUUCAAGGGCAGUCCGCAGCUUGCUUCCGGGUUUGCCGAUGUUGCGUUGAAGCGCCUUGAGGACAAGUCCAUAAGUGCUAGGUACAGAGAGGCAUUGGAGUAUAAGCUUGAAAUCCUGCGUCGGGACAAGGUCAGUGCUCUCACACCUGAGAAGACACAAGCGGAGUUGGACAAGGCCCAGGCGUACUUGGAAGAGGCCGCUACGCUGCUAAACCCUGGCGAUGGUCCAUGGCUCUUUGGUCAGCAGCAACCGACGGAGCUUGACGCCCACUUGGUUGUUAUGAUACUCCGCCUUCAGGACGUAGGGCGCGAUUUUGUUGUUCCUGAUUCUUUGAAAGAGUAUGGAAAGAUGGCGUCCGACGAGCCUUCUUUCAUAGCAGUCAUGGGAGGGAGAAGCACUAUGUAUGAUGGUUCUGGUAGCAAGAAGUAG